CCAUAAAUGAUGCAUCGGUUCAUCCUGAAAAGACAGUUCUCAUCCAUGGUAAUUGCAAGGAACUUGCCAAGCGAAUGGAGUGCUUAUGACAUUGUUGGCCAUUUCAACGACACCAGAAUAAAGAAAAUCAACUUUAUCAAAAAUAAAGAAGGUCUAAAAACAGGGAAAGCAAUUCUUCAUUACAAAGACCAAAAGGAAGCUAAUUUCAUGAUUAAGCUUAACUCCGGCAAAACUGUAAUGAAUAAAGAAGUCAUUUUUGAGCUAUACAAAAGCAAGAACUUUGAGCAAAGAACUGAUGAUAGUUCAUACCAGAAAGGAGAAUUCCAGUCAAGAUUGGAUAGAAGAAUCUAUAUUCAAAACCUCUCUCCUGAGGUAACAAAAGACGAUAUUUAUUCACUAGUUAAAAACCUUUCAGAUGUCCAGGAGAUAAUGCUUCCUCUCACUGAAGCUGGGAGAAAUAAAGGGUUCGGUAUUGUGUAUCUAAAGGAAACUAGUCAUGUCACAAACGUUAUAAAUUCCUUAGAAAAUAGAGAAAUCUUUGGCCAAAAGUUGAGGGUCUCUCAAAAGCUUCAGCCUCAAGAAUCAGAUGAGGAGUCAAGACUAAAGGAUAAGUUAGAUUAUGUUAAAUAUCUCAAACGGAAGUAUAUCUCAGGAAUGAAUCUUCUUUCUCUCCCAUUCACUCACACUCCCUCUCUAAAACUUGCAGUAGAUGAUGCACUUGUUGAUGCAAGUAACAAUAAAGAGAAAGAAAAGAUAUUGAGGAGAUUAAUGAGUCCAAAGGACAAAACAUUAGAAAAGGCCACUGAACUAGCUGUUCUUGAGUACAAAAAGAUUAUGUUUGGAUAAACAUCUCAACAAA